AUGAUUAUUCAUACACAUGUUACUACGAAAGCAACGACAGAACUAAAAAGGUAUAACGACAGUGAAUUGGAGCUGGCCAAUCGGUUGCUACUGCGCGUUUUCGCAAUCGACCCACGCCUUCAGGCAGCUUUUCAUCUCUUCAACGUGCCUUAUUCCGAAUUAAAGAAAAAUGUACAGUUCCAGGCUCACGUUAAGGUGCUGGAACCGGCGCUAUCGUUCGUGAUGUCGCAUUUACACGAUGCAACAGCAAUGAGUAAACCACUGCAAGCACUGGGUGCUCGGCAUGUUAUGCAUACAAGAAUACAAUACAAGAGCGUUUAUUGGAAGGUAGUGAAUCAGGCGCUUAUCGAGUUUGUGAAUGCGGAUCGAGCAUCAGGCGAUGUUUUCGAUGCGUGGAAUGUACUCGGCAAUUUCUGCAUUGAGCAGAUGAGAAUCGGUUACAGAAUUGAAUACAAAGUUAAGAAAGUGAUACAACGCAUAGAGAGCAAAAGUGCUGAGGCGUGA